AUGUCAUCUUCUUUAAAUGAUUAUUUGUCAAAGUUAUAUGGUUCUAAAAAAAAAAAAAAUGAAUCUAAAAAGAAAACUCCCGUAAUAAAAUCCUCUUCAAAAAUAGGUAUUAUGGACAAUUUAGAUAACCAAAUAAUACCAUUAACCCAAUCCGUAUCCAAUGGCUCAGAAACAGAACCUAAAAGGAAGAAAAAAAAAACUUGGAUAAAUUUAAACACCAAUGAAAUCCAAGCUUCUACCUCUCCAAUGCUGAAUGUAACAGACGACAAUCUAUCUCUUCAAGUUGGAAAAGAAAAAGAAGAGAGCACAAUUCAGGGUACUUAUCCAAAAGAAAUUCAAAAAUCCAACUCUCAAACCCUUUUCAGAGAUUCUAAAGGCCAUAAAAUUAAAAAUUAUGAUAGUUUUAUGGAUGAACUUCGACAACAAGAGCUUUCAGAAAAAAGUGAAAAAGAACGGUAUUUAAAAGAAUUGAACAUGGGUGAUAUACAGAAAAAUUUAAUUAAAGUAUCUGACGCAAAUGCAAAUGCUACUAAAAAAAAACAUCUAUAUGAAAUUCAGGAUGUUGAGGAUCCUGCCGCUUUAUUUACUAAAGGUGUUGGUGGUAAGAAACCUAAGGAUAAGAGAUUGUCCGUUUUAGGGAGAAUGCAAUACAAUAAAAAUUAUCCUGAAAACAGAUUUGGCGUAGUUCCAGGCUGGAGAUGGGAUGGUAUAGACCGGUCUACUGGUUUUGAAAACAGAUGGUUUGCUAAGAAAAAUGAAAUCUAUGAAAAAAAAAUUCAAGAUUACACUCUGCAGCAAGACUUUUAG